UUGCUUUCCGUUUUUAAUCAUUCCCAUUGUUUUCCAAGAAAAAUAUUUCCAGAUUUUUUUCUCGAAACGUGAAAGAAAAUACUACAGUCCGAAAGGAUAAGCAUGACUCUAAAAGAAGUCAAAAUGCGCUUUGUGAGCUCAGAAGUGGCUCUUGAGACAAAUCGUACUGCUGCCAAUCAGACAAUCAGUAAUCAACAGCAAUGGCGUCGCCAUCCAUCGGCUGCCCCUCCUCCGCCCCGACUGCUCUCUCCGCGGGAGCCGGCGCGCGCCGACCGCCGUCCUGCGUCCACCUGUUGUGCCACCGCCACCAGCAGCAUCGGUCGAGGCGAGUGGUGAUGGCGGCAGCGAGGCGGCGGUACAGGGGGACGGUGAGGAGGGAGGCGGCGCUGGCGGAGCUGGUGGAGCGGAAAGUGGCGGAGGCGAUGGAGGCGUGCGGGGAGCGCGGGCAGGACCGCGACGACGAGGGGUGCCGCGUGGCGUGGGACGAGGUGGAGGAGGUGAGCCAGGCCAGGGCCGACCUCCGGCGCCGCAUCGCCGAGGCCCCCGGCGACCCGCUCGAGCACUUCUGCGCGCACAACCCCACCGCCGACGACUGCGCCGUCGUCUACGAGUGACUGCACGCCAACCGCAGGUCGCGGCUGUACUUGUACGAUCUAGUAGGGGUCUGUUCACUGCUUGCAGAUCGAUCGAUCGAUCAGAGAGAUUCGAGAUGGAACAGGAUUUCAGCUUUGCAUUCAAUUCAAUUAUCACGGACACGUUGGAACGCAAUAAAGUGACACGAUUAGUCAUCGUUAGCGUCUCUUCUGUUCAUUAGAGAGCGCAAGCAAGAGUUAAUAUCUGUCAUUUUCGUUUCAA